CUUCUUCCACUGGACACUGGGCCUUCUCUAGCCACCAUAUAAAGGUAGUGAGUAGAAACGCCAAGCGGAUGCUUCACAUUUAUACAUCCGGCUAAAUAUCUGUCUCAUUGUUCUAUCUGUGUCGGAAUAUUUUAUUGACAUGCCCGUGGAAGACUGGAGCCCAAAUCCUAUGAACUCAAAUCAGGUAGAGCCACCUAGCGGUGAGUCUGUGCAGACUGGGACAAGCACAGUUGCAGCUGCUGCAUCGCGCAGUUAAUCAAGUUGAUAUCAGUCCGUUCUGAGAAGUAAAAUAUUGGAAGAGGCCUGCAAACGAGUGACUUGGACGAAAGUGCGCUGUGCCAUGGCGUCAGUGCGUGUGGCUGUCCGUGUAAGACCCUUGAUCAAGAGAGAAAAGGAAGUGUCUGCGAAGGUCAUUAUCCACAUGGAGGGGAGCACCACUUCUAUAGAUUGCAACAAAAAGCACCUUUCCAAAGGCACCCCUGGCACUGGGCUGAAGGACAGAGUCAGACAGUCAUUCUCCUAUGAUUUCUCCUACGAUUCUACGGAUGUCGGAAGCCCCAACUUUGUGCCCCAAGAGAAGGUGUUUAAAGACUUGGGCUGUGAUGUCCUGGAGGCAGCGUUUGAUGGUUAUAACGCCUGUGUUUUCGCCUAUGGACAAACGGGAUCAGGGAAGUCUCAUACCAUGAUGGGAAGCCCAGGAGAUUUUGCUCUGAUUCCACGGAUCUGUGAAGGCCUGUUCUGUCAGAUAUCAGAGAAGAGCCAGGGGGAUGGGGCCUCCUUCCGCACAGAGGUCAGUUACCUGGAGAUCUAUAACGAGCGUGUGCUGGAUCUACUAACGACUAAGAAGAGCCCAGAGAAUGGGUCAGGACUCAAGGUCGGAGAACAUCCCAAGGAUGGGCCGUAUGUGGAGGACCUGUCGAAGCACCUGGUUCAGAACUACAGGGAUAUAGAGAAGCUGUUGCAUGCUGGGAAAGCCAAACGCACCACGUCGAGCACGGGCAUGAACGAUGUUAGCAGCCGCUCGCAUGCCAUCUUCACCAUCAACUUCACACAGGCUCGUUUUGAUGCAGAGCUGCCAUGUGAGAUGGUGAGUAAGAUCCACCUGGUAGAUUUGGCAGGCAGUGAGAGGGCUGACGCCACAUGCGCCACCGGUGCCAGGCUGAAGGAAGGAGCCAACAUCAACAAGUCCCUGGUCACACUGGGCAUUGUCAUCUCUGCUCUUGGAGGAGAUAGAGGGAGCUCCCACAAGGGAAAAAGGAAGAAGCAGCUCUUCAUCCCCUACAGAGAUUCUGUUCUGACCUGGCUCCUGAAAGACAGCCUGGGAGGAAACUCCAAGACCAUCAUGAUAGCAACUCUUUCACCCGCUGAUGUGAACUACAGUGAGACACUGAGCACGCUGCACUAUGCUAACAGAGCUAAGAAUAUCUUCAACAAGCCCACAGUCAACGAGGACAGCAGUGUUACAGUCAUCAGAAAACUGCAGGAGGAGAUUGUCAGACUGAAACGUCUAGUGGAGAAGAACAACCAGGCUUGCCUUUCUCCUCAGGAUCUCUCCAAGACACUGAAGGUGGAGGAGAAACCUCACAAGAAUGUGGUCAAAGUGUUAGAACUGACCAGGGAGUGGACCAACAAGUGGGGGGAGACCCAGAACAUUCUCAAUGAGGAGACUGUAGCUCUGAGGAAGCAGGGUAUAGGCGUGGUCAUGGACUCCAAACUACCUCACUUAAUCAGCAUCGAUGAUGAUCUUCUCGGCACUGGCAUCAUUCUCUAUCAUUUAAAAGAGGGCAGGACGCUGGUGGGUCGAGACGAGGCUUCAUCCAAUCCGGAUAUUGUACUCCAUGGUGCUGGUCUCCUGGAGGAACACUGUGUGUUUGAGAACCGUGAUGGAGUUGUGACUCUGAUCCCCCAGACGGGGGCGCUGUGCUCUGUCAACAGACGGGAGACGACCCAGCCCUGUCAGCUGACACAGGGUGCAGUAAUCCAGCUAGGUAGAGGGACUAUAUUCCGUUUCAACCAUCCUAAAGAAGCUGCACAUCUCAGAGAGCAACGCAAGAGUGUCCUUGUCUCCAGCCUUUCCUUGACUGACUUCUCCAGGCUUUUCCAUCCUGGCAACAGGAUGGAUGUGUUCGCUGAAGCAGGAGAGAAGGGAGACUCUAGACAACAGAGGAGCUCUGUGCUCUCUCCUCAACUACAGAGCUGUACGGUUAUGACAAAGGCCAUGCCUAUGGAGGCUCCUGUCUCUCGUCAUCCUUCAGCAUGUUAUGCUGUACCUCUUCAGAUUGGAGCCGGAGCCCUUCAGCAUCUGCAGGCUGGGGUAUACGGGUGGAGCUUCGGUGCAGCUGAGGGCCAUGAACGUCCCUGCAGUAGUACUAAUGUAGAGAGCCAGAGGAGGGCCAGGGCCUCCCCAGUCCACCGGACAGGGACUCCUACACUCACUUCCAACCCCACUCUCACUCCCACUGCCUUGGAAUGGGACAGCCUGCAGCAGGGAUUGGAAGGAGAGGUGGUGGAAGAGUGGGACUUGUGUCAUCAAUCAGCGUCUGGGGUUGGAGUGUCUGAUAGGUGGCUGGAGGGAGCUCUACCUCUGCGUAGAGUGAGGGAAGAGGGAGGACUCUAUUGGGGUGAGGAGGCCUGGUCUGAACCUGGGGACAGAGACGAGGAAAGGAACCGGGCCCUCCAGCAGACACCUGUCCUCCUGGUCCAGCAGACUGAUGUAUGUACCGUUGGGCCGAAGGGGCUACUGGGGCCUGCUAACAAGAGCCCAGGUGUCCUGUCAGGCCUACCUGAUGGCUGCAGGGUCCUGGGAGGGGUCCUGGCAACUGACUGCUGCAGAGGAGACCUGUCCAGGGCCGGAGCCCGCUACGGUGGCCCUGCAGGGACCUCAUUAAGCACUGCUGUAUCCUAUCUGCAGAGAGGAGACGCAGGAGGAAUAGAUGGGUGGACGGAGGAACGAACGGACCGUGCCCACCUCCCACAGGCCAGCAGCAGCUCAACAUACACACAGACCUCUCCCUCUCGGUUUGACACACGCACACCCUCUGUGUCUCAGCUCGACAAUCACAGCCAGGCAACACACACUGCCUCUCUGUCUCAGAUUGACACACACAAUUGCAGCCAGGCAACACACACUGCCACUCGGCAGGACAGACACAGACACAGCCAGGCGGUACGCGGCCUACCGCUAGAGGCUUUGGAGGGCCAGUUCAGUCGUGUCAUGAUGGAUCGAUCCAGGAUGACGGUGGAGGGCCACAGGGAGAAUGACAAGGAGGGGGAUGCUGGGGCUAGGAGGGAAGAGGUGGAGCAGAGCUUCAGGCUGGGCGCUCCGGUUAGCAGGGUGUUUAGGGAGGAGGAGGAGCGGAAGGAGGAGCCAGAGGAGGAGAACCAGUUCUCUGUCUCUGGACUAAGUGCUCUGGUUAGAAGGGUAUGCCAGAUCUCUGGGAUUGGAGGGGAGCAGGAGCUAGACUCUCUGGGGGAAGAGGUCUCUGGGAUGGGUUCUCUGGUCAGCAGGGGGCUCUCCUGGAUGUUUCCGGACACAGGCCGUCUCCUUCGCAGCUCCACCCCCAGGAUCCUGCAGCAGGUCUGGGAAGGUACAGGAGUUCUGCAGCCCGCAGCUGGGGGAGGGGCUAGGAGUCUGCAGCCUGGAGCUGGGGGAGGAGCCAGCUCCAACUGGUCCAGUCAGGUUGUGAGGGAAAGUCAGGUGCUGUCGGUGGUCAAAGAUAGCCAGGUCUUCUCAUUGGUCAGAGAGAGUCACAUGUACUCCCUGGUCCGAGACAGUCAGGUGUUCUCUAUGGUCAGUGAGCUGCCGUUUGUGCAUCACAUCAGCACAGAGCUAACUCAAGACUUCGGGAUCAUUCACAAUAAGCUCACUCAGGUUCUACAGCCAGUGGAGUCAACUGGACUCCAGCAGAAAGAUAUUGACCUCAACAAAACACCAGAAAUAAAACUGCCCCUAGUCCACAACACUGUCCUCAGCACAGUACUGAGCCUGUACCCAGCCCACAACACCAUAGAAUUAGCAAAUAAACAGAGCACAGGUAAAGAAGUGGAUUGGAGAACAGAGGACCACAGUCCCAUCAGUGAACUGGCUUGUACAUCGGAGCAGGAGGGCAAAGAGGAGGCUCUAGCUAAGUCGGAGGAACAGAGGACCAUCAGAGAAGUGGAGUGUACAUCGGAGCUGGAGGGCAGAGAGGAAGCUCUAGCUAAGUCAGAAGAACCAAGUCCCAUCAGAGAACAGGAGUGUACAAUGGAGCAGGAGGGCGGAAAGGAAGCUCUAGCUAUGUCGGAGGAAUGGAGCCCCAUCAGAGAAGUGGAGUGUACAUCGGAGCUGGAGGGCAGAGAGGAAGCACUAGCUAAGUCAGAAGAACCAAGUCCCAUCAGAGAACAGGAGUGUACAAUGGAGCAGGAGGGCGGAAAGGAAGCUCUAGCUAUGUCGGAGGAAUGGAGCCCCAUCAGAGAAGUGGAGUCUACAUCGGAGCUGGAGGGCAGAGAGGAACCUCUACCUAAAUUGGAGGAACAGAGCCCCAUCAGAGAAGUGGAGUCUACAUCGGCGCAGGAGGGCAGAGAGGAACCUCUACCUAAAUUGGAGGAACAGAGCCCCAUCAGAGAAGUGGAGUCUACAUCGGCGCAGGAGGGUAGAGAGGAAGCUCUAGCUAUGUCGGAGGAACAGAGCCCCAUCAGAGAACAGGAGUGUACAUUGGAGCAGGAGGGUGGAAAGGAAGCUCUAGCUAUGUCGGAGGAAUGGAGUCCCAUCAGAGAACUGCAGUGUACAUCAGAGCACGGGGGUGGAGAUGAAGCUCUAGCUAAGUCAGAAGAACCAAGUCCCAUCAGAGAAGUGGAGUCUACAUCGGAGCUGGAGGGCAGAGAGGAACCUCUACCUAAAUUGGAGGAACAGAGCCCCAUCAGAGAACUACAGUGUACAUCGGAGCUGGAGGGCAAAGAGGAAGCUCUAGCUAAGUCGGAGGAACAGAGUCCCAUCAGAGAACUGCAGUGUAUAUCAGAGCACGAGGGCAAAGAAGAAGCUCAAGCUCUGUCGGAGGAACAGAGUCCAAUCAGAGAACUGCAGUGUACAUCAGAGCACGAGGGCAAAGAAGAAGCUCAAGCUCUGUCGGAGGAACAGAGUCCCAUCAGAGAAGUGGGGUGUACAUCCGAGCACGGGGGUGGAGAUGAAGAUCUAGCUAAGUUGGAGGAACAGAGUCCUGUCAGAGUAUUGGAGUGUUCAUUGGAGCAGGAGGGCAGAGAGGAAUCUCUAGCUAAGUCAGAGGAACAGAGUAUAACCAAGAAGGUGCUGUGGCCAUCAAAGGACCAGAUCGAGAUUGUGGAGGACAAACAUUGUGUCACUUGUGGAGCAAAGAGCACCAAGUCACAGCCCCCUCCAGAGCAGCGUAACAACACCAGUUCCACAGGCCCAGAGAAUAUCUUUAUUCCUGGGCAUGGAAAUCAGAGGACUGAUGAUGUUCAGGUGUAUUAUGGGAGCCUGAUUGAGUUCCCAGAGGCUCUGGUUAAACUCCAGUCCCUUCCCGUAUCCAACCUCCUGGGCUGUCUCCAGUCUGUCCUCCCCUCCGUCUUCACCUCACAGAGACUACUGGCUCUCUACUGGCUGGGCGUGGCUAACUGCAGCCAGCCCCACCCACACCUCGCCCUUGUUCUCCUAUUGGAGUCCUGCCUCUACGCCCUGACCUUUGACCCUGACACGACAGAUCAGACAACGCCUCUGACAGUGUUCCAACACCUCCCCCUGCUACAGGUUAAAGAGAUCCUGGUGGGUUUUGGCGGUCAGAGCCUGCGUCUCAAGGCCUCCAGUGAGGAGUGUGUCCUCACCCUCUACACCCACAGCCAGACCCUCACCCAGGCCCUCACCCACACCAUGCUUGAGGUCCUCUGUCCUGGGGACCAGAGAGUGUUCCAACACCCCCUCCUGGUAGAGAACCUAAUGGUUCUGUCUCUGGACUGGAAGGCCCAGGCACCUGACCUGCUGCUGAAUGCUGAACUCAGGCUGUCUGGCCAGUUCCACAGGACCCUAGCUGACCUGGUCUACCUCGUCCACGGCAACAUGAACCGAGAGAAGCCUCAUCUGGGAGAGGUUAGGCUGCUGCUUUACACCAGUGUUGGUGUGACAACGACCCCUGACCCCAGACCUGACCCCUGGGCCCAGCUCCUCCUCACAGACACACACCUGGGACUGGUGCAGGAGGAUACAGUGUUCCACCCCGCCCCCCACCACGUCCCCCUGCUGUCCCGCCAGGCCCAGUUCAAGGGGGUGACCCUCCGUUGCCUCUCUGACGUCCAAUGUGUGAUAGUCCGAAACGGGGUUGGGAGCUCGACCAGUGUGUGUGGAGAUGGAGCCGGGGACGAAGGUGGAGCAACCAGGCUGGACAUCAUCCUGUCUCAGGACUGGAGGACCAGGAGAGAGAGGUCUAGAGGUCACCCUGAAAGAGGUGCUGUUGCUGAAGCUGAUGGAAGUGCAGUAGGGGGGGGGGGGGUAGCUGGAGCUAGUGUCCUGUCUGCUGCCUCUAAUUCAUGUCCUCCUCCGCAGCAGGCUGAAGUAUGGAAAUUACAUUUCAGCUGCUCCUCCGAGGCCGCCUGUCUGAUUAAUCACUUGUCAAACGUCUGAAUGGUCACUGAUCAAGGACUAGAGGACUGGACAGAACAUAAUGAACUACAGCUUAGACGGGUACCAGUUCUGUCCGGUCCUAACUCUCAUCGAGAGAACGGCAGGGUGUGUGUUUGCUCACUGAGUGGCAGUUAAGGGUCCAAUGUAUCUCAAGCAAACAAUGGAGAAUAUCGCUACCAUUAAAUUAUUUAGGGCCAGUUUCCCGAACACAGACUAAGGCUAGUUAGUCAUGGACUAAACAGCAGGCUCAAAAGACAAUAUCCUUAUUCCUUAUAGUCCAGGGAACAGGCCCAUAGAGUAUAGUAAUACAUUGAUGUUUUUAAGUUUUGGUGAAUGUUUCCAUGCACAUAGUUCUAGGAAAUUUCUAAAUCAAAUGUGCCACUUACUUUCACAUUCAUUUAAAGAGACUCAGGAACAUGACGUGGUAGUGGUCCAUAGUGAUUCAAUUUCCGCAAAAACUAAGAGCAUUGAAGCGCGAGGCUCAACUUCUCCUCUCUUUGUAGCUACCAGCGAACACAUGCGCAUGAGCAGAUAUUGUGUGACUGAGAGCGAAGUCCAGAAUCUCACUCAUCACAAUAUUUGUGGAGCUGCUUGUGGCCACAUAAUUUAGCAGUCUAUCUUUUUAAGUCUUUCUGAACUGCACUAUAUUUAUUUGUUUAUCUUCUGUUCAACGCUGUGUUAGUCUGUUCAUGCUGUUUUUGUUCACACUGUGGAGGGAACACAGGACACUUGGUUCUACAGAAUGUAAGCUAUUUUAAGGGAAGAUGUGAAGGGCACAAAUAAUAGCAGGGUAAGCUUUUUAAGCAUAUUUGCACAUUUGACCACAAAACAGACCAGUGUUAAAUAUUAAAAUGUUUGCGUUUUAUGGACAUGUAUACAAUGAAUGUAUUUUAUACCAAAUAAAGUCAUGCAAUUUAAAUAAAAUAUUCUGAAUAUUUGCCUGUCAUAAUUUGACACUCGUGUGUAAAUUUGUAAGUCGCUCUGGAUAAGAGCGUCUGCUAAAUGACUUAAAUGUAAAUGUAAAUGUAAAAAUACAUGUA